GGACGGAGGGUGUUUUCCAGCUUUAAAAGCACAGGAGCCGGCUACUCUGGCAAUCCGCGCUGCGUCAUCCAACUGUAGAUAGUUCUCCUAAAAAAACACCUUCACUGCUCCAAAGCGGUCCAAACUCACCUCAACACGCUCCAAAAGCUGCCACUCCCCCUUCGAUCCAUGUAUUUCUCCAGCUCAUGCUUCACAGUUAAUUCAUCUUUUUAAUUCCGAGCGUAUUAUGCCUAAUGGUUCAUAAAGUCAAACUUUGUGUUCUGUAAUAACAUCGUCGGUAAAGACGUUGUUGCGCGUCGCGCAUCCCUUGUUGAAUGCAGGAUACCUUCAGCCUGUGCGUCAAAGCCAAGUUCAACUUCGGAGCAGCAGCCGGUCAGGAGCGGAGACUCCAGCUUCUCACCUCUACCGCCGCCGACAUGAAGUCUGCAGAGGAAGAUGCAUACAACUACACCCCAAACAUCAGUCUUCCAAUUGGCAUGGGCAACCCCUGUCUAACAACGCAGUACCACACCUUGCAGUCCAGUCCUGUCAUCCCAGUUUCCUCUUGCCAUCAGACUGGCUACAACAUUCAAAAUGACAACAAUGCAGCAUCAGGUUAUUAUCUGCCUCAAAGCUUAAGACCUGGUGGAGCUCCAGCUCUGGAAAGCCCUCGUAUAGAGAUCACAGCCUAUAGCCAAUACCCAGAGGAUGACAUAGAAGCCAGCAGUAGAGAAGAUCACAUAAUCAAACGAGGCGUCAACUCCAUUGUAACACUGACGUUGCCAAAUGUUGAUGGAUACCGUGACCCUAGCUGUCUAAGCCCUGCGAGCAGCAUAUCCUCCCGCAGCUGUAACUCAGAGGCUUCAUCCUAUGAGUCUGGCUUUUACAACUAUGACAAUUCCCCUCAGAACUCGCCCUGGCAGUCUCCCAGCGUUUCACCUAGAGGUUCAUCUUCACUUCUGUCUUGUCCACAUGUCAUCGGUCCUGCAGCCUCACCUCACCGUUCACCCUCUAACUCUCCUCAAAUAGGAGCUAUGGCAGAGGAAGGGUGGCCAACACAACCCCGUGGGUCCCGGCCCAACUCCCCUUCCUGCAGUGGAGUUAGUGGAGGAAACAGUGGUGGUAUGGGGAAAAGAAAGUACAGUUUCAAUGGCUCCUCUUACCAGCAGUCAUCAUGCUCCCCCAACCACUCACCCACCCCUUCUUCACACGGUUCCCCAAGAGUCAGCGUCACAGACGAGAACUGGCUUGCCAACACCAACCAGUACACCAACUCAGCCAUUGUAGCAGCUAUUAAUGCUCUCACUACAGAUGGAGUGGUCGACCUUGGGGAAGGAAUCCCAAUGAAGACACGGAAGACGAUGCUGGACCUCUCACCAUCUCUAAGUCUUAAGGUGGAACCUGGAGGUGAGGAGCUUGGUCCUGAAGGAGAGCCUCGAAAUGAAGACUACUCCUCCCGCCUUACCCUUAAGAAGGAAAAUUACGGUGGAGGCUUCCUGGAUGUGCCCCAGCAUCCAUACUCCUGGCCUAAACAUAAGCCAUACCUCAGCCCUUCUCUGCCGGCUCUUGACUGGCAGUUGCCGUCCUGCUCUGGUCCGUAUAACCUGCAGAUUGAGGUGCAGCCAAAAUCCCACCAUAGGGCACAUUAUGAGACGGAGGGAAGCCGGGGAGCUGUGAAGGCACUGUCUGGGGGACAUCCUGUAGUUCAGCUUUAUGGUUACAUGGAAAGUGAGCCCCUCACCCUGCAGCUUUUCAUUGGGACGGCAGAUGAUCGCCUUUUGCGACCGCAUGCCUUCUACCAGGUCCAUCGGAUCACCGGCAAAACCGUCUCCACCGCCAGCCAUGAAGUCUUGCAAUCCAACACCAAGAUUCUGGAGAUCCCUCUGCUGCCAGAAAACAACAUGCGAGCCAUAAUUGACUGUGCAGGAAUCCUCAAGCUACGCAAUUCUGACAUUGAACUGCGCAAAGGAGAAACAGACAUUGGGCGAAAAAAUACUCGCGUGAGGUUGGUGUUCCGUGUGCACAUCAACCAGCCCAAUGGCAGGACGGUGUCGGUGCAGGCUGCUUCAAACCCCAUCGAAUGCUCCCAGCGUUCAGCUCAGGAGCUUCCCUUGGUGGAGAAGCAGAGUGUGGAGAGCUAUCCUGCCACUGGUGGCAAAAUGAUGCUGCUCGGCGGACUCAACUUCCUUCCCGAGUCCAAGGUGGUGUUCGUGGAGAAGGCACAGGAUGGGCACCAUUUGUGGGAGACAGAAGCCAAGGUUGACAAGGACACUGUCAAAUCUAAUACUAUUGUUGUGGAGAUCCCACCCUACAGGAAUCAGAGAAUAUCCAGUCCAGUGCAAGUUAACUUCUACGUCUGCAAUGGCAAAAGGAAGAGGAGCCAGUACCAGCGCUUCACCUAUGUGCCUGCAAACGUACCAAUAAUUAAAACUGAACCGACCGAUGAGUAUGAUUCUAUCGGGAGUGUUGGGCUGUCUAUGCAUUCAAAGCCCUACUAUGGCCAGCCCAGGCUGACCUCCAUCAUGCCUGUUGCUGAACCUGACCCCUGCCUGGUUGGGGGAUAUCCUGCUUGCCCUCCUCACCAUUCUGCAAUGCCACCGCCAUCUCCCAGCUCAAGUCCUACCCUGCAUGAUUUGUCCCCUGUUGCAUUCAACAAAUGCCUCCCUAACAGCCCAACUCAUGCCACACCACCAGGCAAUGUAGUAACCUCCAUUCAGGAGACUCCUGGCUGCCCAAGCCUUCCACAUUCUACGUCAUCUGAUCACAACUCUUCCCUAGGAAUUCUCCAAUCUCAAGGCAGCCCGGGUCCCCUUGCUUACCACCAUUCCAUCUAUUCCAACAGUAGUUCUUCAUCUUCCCCAGUUUCUGACCCUUCUACUCCUGGGGGGCCAGCAGAGACAGCAUUCUUUCAAGUGUACAGCCCCAGCCAGGCAGAGGUAUCAGGCAACUCAGCCCAGGCUGCAGGAAGUCCACCGAGCCUGCUACCUGAAGACACCAGUUCUCCACCAGUGGCCAUCACCAUCAAGCAAGAGCCACAGGAACUGGAUCAGAUGUAUCUCGAUGAUGUGAACGAGAUCAUCAGGAACGACCUCUCCAGCAUUUCUGUGCACACUCAUGCUUAGACGUCCAGAUGUCUUCUGCUGCAGCACACCGACACACCCAAUCACACACACACACAUUCCAGCUGCAACUUCAGCCAAAGGACAACACACAAAAAAACUAGAGUUCCAGAUCAUUAUGAAGAGGAUCUACUGCCUAGGCGUCACAAGCGACAGUUUCUUUUUUUCUUUUUUCUUACUCAGAAAAUGGCUGCAGAUUCAAACUGACAAUCGCCAUCAGGCUCUGUUUAAAUAAACAAGGUGAAUGUUGUAUUCCAUUAAAAAAGGGAAGUGAUAUCAGUGGCAAAGUAUGUGACUACUCUUGCCUUAAUUAUCAAAUAAAUGUUCUAUUGGUGGACCUAGCAGUUCAGAAAGACUGAAACACUCCUCUAAAGAUGACAAUCUUCAUUUUAAGUCUGCGUCAAUGCAUUGACAGGAUGGCUGGGUGGUGUCAGGCAUCAUGACUUUGAUUCAUUCAGCAACAACCAAACUGGUGCCUUACAGCAGUCAUACUGCAGCAGCAGUCAUGUGCAGAUGGUUCAUCGAAGCCCAAAGCAGAAGUUUUUAUAUGACUUUUUUUGUAUCAUUUCAACAAUUUGUUUACAUACUGUAGGAACAGAGUUAAUGGUUCUUAAAUAUGUUGGCUAUGUAUGGAUACAUGUUAAUCACUUUUUAUUUGCUUUCCUAUAAUUAUUCUUAAUAAUAUUUUUUUCAUGUAUGCUGAAUGUUAUGUAUUAUAAUUAUUUUGUAUAAACAUAUCUGAUAAAAAUUGUAUGCCUUAUGCUUCUAUCAUGGCUUUUUCCCCAUUCAUUUCCCGUUUUUCAUUCUGCUUUUCACCUUAGUGCCUUUUUGUUUUCAGACCUCACCCUUUCUCUGUCUUCCAGCUUUUAUCCCCAGAUCAUGUCAUAUUGUUGCAGAGACAAUCAGAGAUUAUAAAGUGCAAAUCCUGUGAUAAAAGUUCCUAAUUAGCAGGAGCUUAUAGACGUAGGUGUGGGAGCUGAACAACAAUGAGUUUAACUGAACAACGGUAUGCUUACCUGCUUAAUCUACAACGCUUUCUGCUACUUCUUGCACUGCAGGCUUGCCUGUAAAUAGGCAACGUUUUUUUUUUUUUUUCCACAACAGGCUCAGUUCUGUCGACAUCUGGGUGAUUUUACAAAAUCUUUGGCAGGACUGUUACUUAUUUAGAAGGUGGCAAUAAUUGAUUUUUGUGAACCAAAGGAUUUUAUCUUUGGUGAAGUUAUUGUCCAAGUUUUUUUUCC